CCGACGUCUAUAUUAUAUAACGUACUACGUUUUAAUCAAUGAAAGAUCGCUUCUUUCACCCGCCGGCCCUUCUCGACCCCACUUAUUUCAUCGGAUUCAUUUUGGAAUUCGCUGUGCGACCACCAUGAAGACUAUUGUUCUUGCCGCCGCCGUCGCCAUUGUGCAUGCGGCGUUCAACGGCGAUGAAACUGUUGCGUCCUUGAGGGAUGUUGCCGCCUUCGUGCAGUACAUGGCCGACUACGACAAGGACUACCGACACCAUGGCGACGAUCAUCCGUUAGUGAUGAAGCGUUUCAAGGCCUUCCAAACCAACUUGCGCCGCAUCGAAGAACACAACCGAGGAUACGAUUCUGGCGAGCACACAUUUGCCUUGGGACUUAACCACUUGGCGGAUUUGACGGACGACGAAUACAAGCGCAUGCUGGGCUUCAAACGCUCGGGCGCGCCCAGCCUGGCGACGUCAACGUACCGCAACCAGAACGAUAACGUGCCAGACGCGUGGGACUGGCGCAAGCACAACGUGGUGACCCCCGUGAAGAACCAAGGCCAAUGUGGGUCGUGCUGGGCGUUCUCUGCAGUGGCUUCGUUCGAAAGCGCAUAUGCCUUGUCGACCGGCACCCUUGAGUCGUUUUCCGAGCAAGAACUCGUAGACUGCGUGGACGGCGGGGCGGACGACUGCAGCCACGGUGGCGAAAUGGCGCAUGGGUUCGUUGAAAUCAUCGAGAACCAUGGCGGCAAGCUCGAAAAGGAAGCAGACUACCCGUACACUGCGCAAUCCCACGGCAAGUGUUUGGCCAAGGACGACAAAGCGAUCGGCCACUUCACGUCGUACGUGAACGUGACGUCGGGCGACGAAGACGCGCUCAAGGGGGCGAUUGCCAACCACGCCGUGGCGUCCGUCGCCAUCGACGCGUCAAGCUUUUUGUUUCAGCUGUAUCGCCAUGGGGUGUUUUCGUGGUCGUUGUGCAAGAACGGGUACAACGAGCUGGACCAUGGCGUGUCGGCCGUCGGGUACGGCAACUACAAGGGCAAGGACUUUUGGCUGGUCAAGAACUCGUGGGGCACGGGAUGGGGCCUCGACGGGUACAUCCUCAUGAGCCGGAACAAGGACAACCAGUGCGGCAUCGCAACGGACGCGUCCUUUGUCGUCAUGCCCAAGUCGGCCAACCACUCCAAGAUCCAAGACGCCUCUAAGUUUGACAUCCUGCAAGAUUUGCCGUGGAACUAAUUCAUAAAUGUCUUUUGACAUCCCCCAUCGAGUAAGCAUGCUCUUGCUGCCGCCAGGGUGGUUGUAUGUGUACUCCAUCCAUACUACUAGUAGAUACUACUACUAUUAAUAGUACUCCAUACUAUUGUAGGGGCCUUUUGGGAAGAUGGUCAUUGUAACUUCUUUAUUACUGAAGCAAUUUCAACGCCUCUUUCGAAUAAUAUUUCUUCAGACUACACUUGAAAUGUGUUGCAUU